AUGUCCCUCAGCAGUUGCCACUCACUCAGGAGCUUCUACAAUGCCCCACCACUUUCAGCCAUUGUUCAUGGCUCUGAUCUUGUGAGCUUUGAAGAUGGAUUUUGCUUACCCAGCAGCUACCAUAGCAGAACCUGGCUUCUGGAUAGCUUUCAAGAAACCUGCAGUGAAACUACCAGUUGCCAGCUGACCAACUGUGAUCAGAAUGUGUGCUCAAAGGAUUGCUGUCUGCAAAGUGCCUGCCUCCCCAGAGCUGUUCAGACAAUGUGCACUAAUACUAAGACCUGUGAAAGGACAACAUGCCAAGAAGGAGCUGCCUCAGCAGCGGAGUGUGUUACCCACUCUUACAAGUUAGAAAACAGCCAGCAAACAGGUCACACAGUUUGGAGCUGCCAACCUGGAAGCUAUUUGGCCAAGAGCUGCCCACCCAAGAAUUAUGUGGCUAAGAAUUGCCAAAGUUUGGAAUGUCAAUCUAGUCAAAUGAAUCAUCAGGGCUCUGAGUCACAAAUCCUGGAAUCUUCUAGCACCUAUGAACCACCUUGCUGUGUUACUGGUGGGUUACAAUUGCCUAGUAAGUGA